AUGAAGCUGACUUCCAUCACCGCUACCGUUCUGCUCGGCGCUCCCGCUGCCCUCGCAGCUCCCCAGUCGAACGACAUUGGCUAUAGUACUGAGGACGUCACCGUCACCGACGUCAAGAUCAACAUCAGCGCUGACAACAUGGUGACCGACGUCUCCCUCAAGCUGUCCAGCUCCGACGCCAAGAACCUGACCUGCUCCACCAAAAGCCCCCAGCUCAGCAUUCAGUCCGACGCUUCCACCCGCUGCGGCAACAGCCGCUACCUGUUCAAUCUGGUCGACACCGGUCUCUCCAGCUUUGACAUCGCCGUCAUGCAUGAGUACGAUGUUCAGGGCUCCGGCGAGUACUCUCCUGGCCAGUGGGGACAGGGCCAUCUCAACCUCAAUUGCAAGAGCAACAGUAGCGGUCAUAUCUGCGCCUCCUCCGGUCCAUCUUCUCUGUUCCUUACUGGACAGUAA